CAUAUGUUUACGUCGACCAGCUGAUUUUUGUGGAGCUUAUGUAGUAUAAUUACUUAACAGUUUGAUGUGAAACUUUGUGAACUUUAUCUCUGGAUGUUCUUGAUGUGACUUAAUCAAGAUGUUUGGAAAUCGGCGACUGGCAAAACGCUCAAUUAUAGGCACAAAAAUUUGUGCCGCUUGGCAAGAUGGCCGAUAUUACCCUGGCACCAUUCAGAAUCACCCAGCUGAAGGGGAUUUACACAGAGAGCCAAAGUAUACAGUCCGAUUUGAUGACGGUUUCCAGAGGGAAGUUAACGUGAGUGACAUUGUGGGACCAGGAUUUAGCAACAUCUCGUCCAUCACGCUGAAGCACGGCCAAAAAGUGUAUCUGACGUUAAACGGGCGGGAGGUACAGGGCUCUGUAGCUGAACAUAAUCGUACACAGGACGAGGUCAUCAUCAUUGUUCCAACACAGAGCGGGGACGGGAUUGAGCUUAUCCGGAAAAUUGAUGAUCUCCGUCUGAUGGAAAGUAGGAAAUCGGCGAGAUUGGUGGACCAGGCGACUGAUUAUUCAAAACUUGCAGAUUUAAAUGUGCAGGGAGACAAAAAAAGAACUGUAUCUCACGUCAUAGAUGUCCCGUCCAAGUCACAGCGUUAUCGUCGACCAAGUAUUGACGACGAGGAAAAAGACAACGUUCAAACAGAAGAAAAUGACGUAGAGAUGAUGGAUGAGACGAUAGCGGCAAUGGUUCUCACGAGCCUGUCUUGUAGCCCACAAUCUCCCAAAUUUCAGAUGUCACAAUUAACAGAUCUGACCAACAAGAGCCCCGCUCCCUUGUCCAGCAGUGUGGCAAGUAGUGGAUUCCAUUCUGAAAGGAGUGACCCCUCCCCUCCCCUCUCCAGCAAUCUCAGCGAAAGCGCUCCGGCAGCGUCAGGGAGCUGGUUUUUUGGAUCCUAUCCGAAAGAUGACGGUGUUGUGCUGGAAGAAAACGACGAUGAAUAUGACGAUGUGGAAAAUAUGGAACCGAAAAGAAAGAGGGUUGAAAGUCAUGGAUACGAGGGUCACAAAAAGACAGUGUUCAAAUGUACUUGGAAGAAAUGCAACAAAAUUCACGACACAGUAUCCAGUAUUGAGGCUCAUGUGCGAACGGCACAUCUUGGACUGUCAGAAAGUGACAGUAAUCUUCUUGACCACGAAGAAGAAUUUUACUAUACUGAAAUCGAGGUCACCAUGGAUCAUGUGACGGAGAAAUUUUCCGAUAUGUGUACGUCAUCACCUCCCGAAUUGACAGGAUUUGAAUUCGGACGACCGAUACCUGAUCACGACUACCAGAAAAAGGAACACAGACAAAAUGUCGGCAACAUGUUCGCCUCAUCAGUGCCCUCUGGUGGAUUUCAACCGGUGACACCGUCUGGCUCUCUUCCAAUAACAAUGCCGCAGAUCAAACGAUCAUUGUCCUGGCAAAAUAACAAUACUUCAUCUUCUGGGUUGUCGAUGUCACCUUCUGUCCGUUCGUCCAAACCAUCUCCUCAGGAGCGUCUGCAGCAGCAUCAGGCACAAUCUCCGAAAUCUCACCUUUUCUCCUCCCACAAGAAGCCUCGAAGUGAAGUCAGAAAAUGUCGAAAAGUUUAUGGGAUGGAAAACAGAGACAUGUGGUGCACUCAGUGUAAAUGGAAGAAAGCUUGCUCACGAUUUGCCGAUUGAAGAAUUACACUCAUUCCUUUAAAAAUAUUCAACCAAUCAAAGAAUCUUCCUAUUUGAAGAUCAGUUUUGAUUGGUUUCAAAAGUGGACACAAACGACAAGGAAUCAGUGGUUACACUGAACUCAUUCCACAUUCUAACGCUGACCAACUAUCAUUACCAUUCAGAGGAUAUUUAGACAUGUAUUUCAGAACAAAUCUGAAAUUUGAUUGGUCUGUCACCAUGCUUUCAAGAGAAAGCUGAAAUUUGAUUGAUCCGUCACCACAACGUCAUGAACCGGAUCUGGUCAUUGGUACAUUAUGAACGUAAAUUGUGAGAUACGUGCGCACAAUUGAUUAUGAUAUUCAGGGAAAAACCGAUGAUAACCAAAGCUAUGCACUGGUUAUAAUACUUGAACCCUUGUUUUUAUAUAUACCAUCUCCGUAUCACAGAGUUCACAUAACCUGGAUGUAAUAUAUCCGGGUAACCGGUCAAAGCCCCGGAUGUCUAUUUUUUAAGAUAUUCUUAUAUUUUAUCCCUUAUAACGUUUACUUUUCAAAAUAUCUAAAACGCCAAGGGAGAUAAUUUAUAUAGUUCAUGUUAAUGCUUCAAUGACAUUGUAAAAUCAUUUUUAAGAUGUAUUUUAUUCUAUGUUAUUUUGAUGUUGAAGGUCCUUUUCGGUUUCAUUGACUUUGAAUAUGUCUAAGAAUAUGUUUGCUUUAUCGACCGGUUAUAGAAAUUUGUGGUGAUAAAUUGAAUAUCCAAAGUUUAUAUAUAUAUAUAUAUAUAUAUAUAAAAAACAGAAUAAUAAUCGAUUUUGAAGCUCACGCCAGUGACGUCAUCACCAUAAAAAGUACUCAGGAAUUGAUUGGCUCACGGUAUUGAAGUUACCCAGUGAAAAUAAAUGUUUUUGAGAAGCUUACUUGAAUAUUCCAUCUUCAGACAUAUUGGAAAACUACCAGUGAUUAUCUACAUAGACAUUUAUUAUUAGUUGCAUCACUAAGUAAUGAUCUCCAUUAAUUAAUUUAGAUUCUGGUCAUCUGUUGAUGUUGAUUUACUUAAGUCCAAGUAAUAAAUUGUCUUAAUUUCUGAUAAAUAUACACAUCUUUAUGGUAAUUGUGUGCAUUGUGAUAUUGAGGGGAAACAAUAUUGGCAUGUGCCAAAUUCCCCACUUUUAGGAAAUAGACUCGCCUACUCUGUAUAUACACCUGGAUAGCAGACCAGUCUAUUCUUGGUUAUAAAGGGAGAGCAACUUUCUCAAUGUCUUUCAUAUAUGUUGCUGAAUGCUACUUGUUGCCACUUGUUUUCUAUUGUGAUUGUCAUGUUUUGAAAAAAGUAUAAAUGUAAAAUUAUUAUAUAUGUAGAAUGAUAGUGUGGUAUAUUUUAGUUUCAUAUGACUUACACUAUACAAAGUUGUCUUUCUUCUCUUAGAAUGUCGUCCGCACUAAUAUCCUACCACGGAUCUUUUCGCCCCAUUUUGUCCUGAAGGUCAUUGGUUGUCUCUCUGCCCUGAAAAGAGACCGGAUGCUAUUUCUGACCACGCCCCCUUUGUCCUGAAGUUAUGUGAAAUAAGAAUUUUGGUGAUAAAUUGAAAUAAAUUUCGGCGAUAGUACAAAACCCGUUAGUGUGAUAAAUUGACCUUCUCAGAUCUACGUAAAGUGAAAGUCGUUUGUCUUAUAAUAAUAAUAACUCUUUUAAUAGAAGAUUGUGUUGUUGUUCAUAUAGCAUAUAACCUUAACUUGCUUUAUGUUUUCAUAAAUAGGUGUCUAUGAUUAUGUGCAAUCAUUCUGUUAUUGUUUUAAUCCUGUUAAGUUUGUAUUAGAAUUUAACCAGAGAAGAUGUUGUUAUAUCGCCUCAACCAUAUUAUUUUCUUAAUGAAGUUAUUGGCCCAUAAGUAAAUUUCAAAAGAACAAUAUAUAUAUAUAUUUGAAAAGAAUAAAAUCAACGCGAAAAAUGUAUGCCGCUAAGGUUUUCAGGCCUAACGACCAUCUUCAGGCGAUACAUUUAUUUAUAUAUCAAAUGUAAUUGCAUACUUCGGGUUUGAAAAGAAUCUUCACAUGUCUCAUUAACAUAAAUAGUUUCCAUUCAUUGUGGCUCAGAUGGCGAAAACAUAUGCCUAGUAUUAUUUCAAUCCAUUUGGAUUAAACGAUCUCGUUCCAUGAUGACUUUGAAACAGAAAUCAUUGCUACAAUUCAGUUUUUUAAAACUUAUUCUACAUUCUGGUGGAGGUGUGGGACAUAGCUGUAUAUAUAUUACCGUUUAAGAAAUUGUAUAUUUUUAUGCCAUAUAUAGUCACAUUGUAGAACUUCCUUAGUGCUUCAUUAUUGUGAAACUGUUAUAUGCACAGGACGCCGACUUAUCGUCCUUGAUCUGAUAACCAUAUGGCCUCGUGCUUGUAUUUGUGUAUCUAGAAAUAAAUUUAUGUUUUGUUUUUGGGAGGGGGUGUCCUAUUUGCUUUCAGAUAAUUUUUUAUAAACAUUCUUGUUAUAUUUCAUCAAAUUGAAGCACAUGUUAUCGAAACAUACACUAAUUGAAAUGAUACAUGAUUAUUUUAUAUAAUCUUCGUGAAGAUAAGUCACACAAGAGUAGCCUCCCUUAGUUUGCAUUAUGAACUGUUCUUAUUUUGUGACUUGUGAUUCUACGACUUUUUUUGGUAGGGGUAUUUGCCUUCUGUUUAUAAGUUAAAAGACGCCCAGGCCACACACUGACUUUGCUACAUCUAUAACAGCAUACACAUAGACACUGUGAUGUUAAAUAAAGGAUUAUGUAUUGAAGAAUAUUGAAAACAUAAUUCUAGUAGCAUGUGAAAUUACUUAUUUUAAAAUUAUCGAGUCAUCAAUAUAGCUUGAUUGCGGUCAUUGGUACUUGCACUAAAAACAUACUAGUUUUUUUGGGUUUUUUUUAUUAAAGUCGUUACAAACUUCAAAUAUUUACAGUAUUUUAUUCCUUAAGAGUUGCAAGGCAAUUAAAGGUAACUUUCUAAAAUUAAACUGUUAAUCUGUUCUAGUAAACCAUGCAUUCGAUAUUCAAAGGGACAUGUAGGUGAAAUAUAUCGUUUUAAAUAUAUCCGGUUAGAAUAUAAAUUCCCGGUGUUCUUGUAGAUCUCAACAAAAUAUUCCAGAAGAGUUAAAUUCUAACACAGGAUAUAUUGCUCAAUCAUAAAGACUGUGGAAUUGCUAUGGUGAAAGAUGCUCGCCUUUCGUCCAGCAGAGUUCCCUCCCUUCGCAUAUUGUUCGCAUAAAAUGUAUCUGAUCAUCACAAUGUCUACAUCCGCGAUAACAUUAGAAAUACGUGGUUGAAUUGCACUGUUGUACCAACACCUUUGAAAUUAUUUAUAAUUGUAAAUAUAAGACAACAAAUCUAUUCAGAUCUAACGUAUUACUUUCAACUUAAAUUAAAAAAAAAUUUUAUUAUAUUGGAAGGGACACGAAUUUCACUGUAGAGGUAUUUUAAUGGCAAAUACUCCCGUUGUGUUGCAUGACUUGAACUGUUUGGUUGUGUUUUUUUUUAUUCGAAGACCAUUCAUGGUCUUUAGCAUUAUGCCGUCGUCCUGCUGUUUCAUGCUCCCAUCUGAUUGGUCAAUAUUUUGUUACUUUACCUUAUCUGAUUGGUUAAUAUUUGGUUAGGUUACUUAUACGUCAUCUCCCGUUCAUUUUGUCAUUGUUAUAUAUAUAUAUAUCAUUUAUGUACCUGUAGUAACUGUAGGGGAUGCACAUGGCCAGUAAAGCGUGGGCAUGCGUAAUGAUCUGUUAUUCACAAUAGAGAUUCACUUAAAUUGCUAUGUGUGAAAACAAAUGGAAAGAUUUUAUAAUUUUAUCUAUAUAAGUAAAGUGACUAUGGUAUACAAUAUAUUCAUGUUUGGAAAAUUUGAAAUCUCAAAUAACAUGUUUUCUUAUUGUUAGCGUAUGAAAUUAUGAUAUUCAAAUUAGUUUGAAACUAUCUUUAGGAGAAUUGCUUAUGAAUUUGAAUAUUUAUUAGCUGAUAAGAUGAAUGUUUUCACACGAUAUCAAUAAAUAUGAAAUGAAAAUCACACACAGACAUUAUGACAAGUGCAGUGUAGAGGGAAAGCGGGUCAGUGAUGAUUGAAUCUAAAUAAGCGAGAAUCAUCCCUACACAACACAUUUUCCCUGAAAAUGUGAGUAAAUAUUUCUAUUUUUGGCUACGUUUAUAUUUUCAUGGCGAUGUGAUGUGGGAUCGAUAACCCUUGUACCGUUUUCCCGAUACAUGUUGUAUGUCACUAAUUAGUAAAAAAAAGUAUAAGAGAAAGACUGUUUUUUUAACUGUUUUAUUUCAUUUCAUGUAAAAUCGAUAAUCUGAUGUUGAAUUAUUAUGCAGUAUUAUCAUGUUGUGUUGUAUACAGAAAUAAUAUCUUGAAUCAUCAUCUAUGUUAGUAUGCCUUUUCGACUGCUGAAGUAUACAGGACAACGUAAUCACUCCCAGAAUGCAUUGCAGUUACUUACGUCAAUCUCUCCCAGAGUGACUGUUAAGGAACCAUAACUCUGGUAGAGAUUGCAAUUAUAUGUCAAUCUAGUAAAUCGCAGUGCAUUCAUGGUGAUUCUCGAUUACUGAAUAUUUUCUAUCGGCUUGGCAUGAGUAGUUCUGGCUGAGGAAGUGGCAUAUAAGUUCCAGCUGUGAAUGUAAGGAACAACUCUAGAUAAGCUAUAUUAAAUUUUUAUUCCAGUUAGAAAAAGCUUACAAUAUCGCUCAGGUUUAAUGUUUUGACAAUUCCGGUGCAAGAAUGGGCAAUCAAAAUUAUAUUUAUGAACCAAAGUGAAAUUUUCAUCUGCUGACAGCCUUUACGUGGAGGUAUUGUUUGUAAGUUUCCUAAGAUUUAUAGAAAAUGCUUUCAAAGACAUUACAUAUUUUCAAAGUGUCUGUGAGUUCGAUACGUUUCGUCCAACUACUUCGGACUGACUCGACCGCAUCUCUGGCUGUUCAACAAAAUCAAAACUUAUGAUGCUGUAGUUUGGAGAUUUCGGUCUGCAUACCCGAGUUUUGGAGGUCUUCAUUUGCGUUUAUGAAAAAAAACAUAACAGAUAGGAAGUCCGUUAAACGUCAUAUAAAUACCGGUAAAAUGAUAAACUUGUGAUGGUAAUCAAUUUGUAUUUAUAGUUUCAAGGAAAAUUUUCCUAAAACUUUGUAAGAUUUGAUUUGUUUACAUUUUGAUUUUAACAUACAGAAAUGUACACAAUUAUAGUGUUAUUUAAAAACCCUUUGAACUUACACAGUACAUAGUGAAAAAUAUUUUUUCAUGUUUUGUAAAUAUAAGCAAUCCUCAUUGUGUAUACCAUUCAAUACAAACCAAUAAAAGAUUAUG